AGUGUAUACCUCCUGCAUAAUUGCAUUUCCUAUUUCUUCAAUUCCCUGCGAGAUAGUGAUCGAGAGAGCGCAAGCAAGCAAGCUAAGGAUGAUAGUCGUGGACAAAGUCCUAGAGGAACUGGUAACACAGGGGGUAAAUGCUUUGGUCCAAACUGUAACAGACAAUGUAAAGCGGGCUCGUGGCAUAGAUUCUGAGAUAAUAAAUCUCACCUCCGAGAUCGAAACGUUUACCGCCAGGCUUGGGGAAGCUUUCAAGAACCCAAGGGCCAACGACCACCAUGUUUUGAGAGUAAUAGUCAAAAAAUUCCGAAUUGUUGUUGAUGAAGCCAAGGAUACGAUUGCCAAAUACGUUGUACUGAAUAAGAGACACGGAGACCAUGUCAUUUUAAAGUCCUGGGAUAGGAUUCCACUUUGUGGUAAGGUCAGCGCCUAUGCGAGCGAUAUAGAGUCCAUCAGGGCAAAGAUGAAAGCGAUUCGCCAAGAGCACGAAAAAGAACUUCUAUAUCUCAUGCAGUUCGAAAUCAAAGGCCAAUACAAUAAUGUGAAAACUCUCCAGGCUCGACCAACAGCUGAGGAAAACAAAGUAUUCGGCUUUGAAAAAGAUUUGGAAGCAGUAAGAUCUCGUUUAUUAGGGGCAUCCGAUAAUUUUGAUGUCAUCCCAAUUAUUGGGAUGACUGGUACUGGAAAAACUAGAUUUGCCAGAAUGCUUUUUGACGAACUAAGCACUCUCAACGAUUUGGUUUGCAUUUGGGUUCCUGUUUCAAAAUGGUGUGAUAGAAAACAUAAAUUCAUUAGCAUCAUAUAUCAAAUCACUAAGAGUACUGAAGACUUAACCACCAAGUCUGAAGAAAUGUUGAAAGAUACCAUUCAGACCCUUUUAAAGGACCGAAAGUACUUCAUUAUAUUGGAUGAUGUAUGGGAAAGAAAAGAUUGGGAUUCUUUACAAACUGCAUUCCCUAAAAACAUGAAUGGAAGUAGAGUCUUGGUGACUACCAGGCAUGACAAUGUGGUUGAUUCUACCUGGAAAUCUCAUAAUUUAAGAAAGUUAAGUGAUACAGAUGGUUGGUCGCUUAUUAAAAAUAAUGUUUUUGGUACAGAGGGAUGUAGUGACAAAGUUUUAAAAAAGCUCGGGCUACAAAUAGCAAAAAAAUGCAACGGAUUGCCACUAGCUCUAGUUGUGGUAGCUGGUAUCCUACGCAAAUGUAUAACUUCUAAGGACUGGCAACGAGUGGCUGAUAAUCCGCUUCUAGAAAUUAAUCGAGAAGACCAAAGCUACCAUGAGCUAGUAAAGUUGAGCUAUGAUGAUUUGCCUCAUGAGAAGUUGAAAAAUUGUUUCCUGUAUUUUGCAUAUUUUCCCAUGGGACAUGAGAUUGCUAUAUGGAAGUUGGUUCGUUUGUGGAUAGCUGAAGAAUUCAUUCCAAUUGUAAAUGAGUGGGGAUACCCUUUAGACAAUGUAGAAGUUGAAGCUCAAAAAUACUUGAAUGAUCUUGUUGAUAGAAAUCUUGUGAAGGUGAUAAGAAGAAGAGCAGAUGGUAAAAUAAAAACAUGCCGCAUCCAUGACACAUUGCACGAGUUCUGCAAAAACGAAGCUGCAAGGAAAGAUUUAUUCCACAUAAUGGAUGAGGGGCAAAGAUUAGAUGAUGAGAAUACUUGUUCAUCGUCAACUCGCCGUCUUGGUUUCCACUCCUUUACUGCAGACAUACUUGAUGAUGCAACAGAAGAUAAAUCAUCUGCAGGUUUGUUCCUCAAUUGCUACAACCAAAGGAGGAGUUCAUAUCGGUUUGGCAAACAUAUCCGUUCUUUGUUGCUGUCUUCCACACAAAAGAGUGAGACUCGUCUUGCACAUGAGAAAUUAGCAACCAUCCCAAACAGCUUUCCACUUCUUAGGGUGUUGAAUAUUGAAUCCAUCAAUUGUGACUUGUUGCCGAACGAGGUGUAUGGCUUAUAUCUUCUCAAGUAUCUUGCCAUCACAAGCAAUCUCAAUCUCCUCCCCGAAUCAUUCAAAAAUCUUCGUGAAUUGGAGACUUUAGUGAUCAAAACCACAGCAAGGACCCUACAAAUUGAGGGAGGCAUAUGGAACAUGGAAAAGUUAAGACAUGUACGCACCAACACCUCUACUCAAUUACCCUUUCCUCCCAAAACUAAUAACUCUGGAGGAAAAACUAUUCGCACACUUUCUACAAUAUCACCCACAAGUUGCACAAAAGAGAUCUUUAGUAGAACGCCCAAUCUCCAAAAAUUGGGUGUUCGUGGGAAUUUAUCUAAACUUUUAGAGGAAAAGAAAAAUAUUUGCUUGCUCAACAAUCUUGGAAUGCUCAAGUGCCUUGAAAACUUGAAGCUCUAUGGACAGUAUAAUAAAGUGUUAACUGUUCCUAUUCUAGACAAGUUUGCAUGUAAGCUAAAAAAGUUGAGCUUCUCCGGCACACUGUUUAAGUGGAAAGACCUAGCAGUAUUGGGGUUGUUGGAGGAGCUUGAGGUGCUGAAGUUGGAUGACUAUGCAUUCAAGGGGAAGAAUUGGGAACUAAGCAAUAAUGUUGUUUUCGGAAGGCUUCAAUAUCUCCGCAUUGGAAGGACGAACCUAGUAACUUGGAAGCUGGCCACCCAUAUCAGCUUUCCUGUUUUAAGAGGUCUAGUCCUUCGAAACUGCAGCUCCCUUGAAAGAAUUCCAGAAUGUUUUGGUAACGUACAUACCCUUAAGGUAAUGGAAUUGUUUCACAUGAGUGAAAAUGCAGUUAAGUCAGCAAACGAGAUCAAAGGAAGAAACGAUGAAAUCAAGCUCGUCAUAACCUCUGAAAAGAGAGAGGUACCAAUGACGGCAGCCAUGGACAUGGUGAUAGAGCAAGAGGUAAGUGAGGCGGUAGAUAGGCUGGUUCAAACUGUAGCCGCAUACAAUAAUAAUAAUAAUGUGAAGCAGAGUUGGGGGAUUCCUCUUGUGGUCCUAGAUUCGGAGAUACAGGAUCUGACAUCCGACAUCGAAACGUUUAACGCCAGGCUGGUGGAAGCUUACAAGAACCCAUUUGCAUGUGUGGAUGUUUUGAUAGUCAAAAACUUCCAAACUGUUGUGAAUAAAGCCGAGGAUGCGGUUGCCAACUACAUUGCACUGAAGAAGAAGAUGUACGAAGACAAAGCCUUGAGAACUUUUCCGCUACCAAUCAAUAUAAAAAAGUUGAAAUCUUGUGAGAGUGAGAUCCAGUCUGUUAAGACAGAGGUGGAUAUGAUUCGCCAACAACACCAAACUGACCUUCAAUCCCUCAUCAGCAUGUACAAAACCCGAGGAGUUCAGCUAUCUAUCCAGAGAGAGGGACUGAUGACAGUCAUUGACAAAGUGAUAGAGGAUAUAAAGGUGGUGAUAGAGAAGCUGGUGAAAAUUGUCGAUGAAAACCUGGUUUGUUACGGCCCGCUGGAGUCUGAGCAGGCAGAGAUACAGGACAUGACCUCCCUCAUUCAAGGGUUUAAAGAGAAGCUAGUGAAAGCUUGCAAGAACCCAUAUGCCAAUGAACACCGUGUUUUGAGAGUAGUUGUGAAAAAAUUCCGAUUGCUUGUGAAUGAGGCGUGGGAUGCGGUUGCCAACUACUUUGCACUGGAGAAGAAGCAUCAAGGAAAACAUCUCUUACAAUUGGACAACUUUGCAUAUUUAGCAAAGCCCAGAGUCCAUGUGAGUAAGAUCCAGUCCAUUAGAGCAAAGAUGAAAAGGAUUGGCAAAGACCACGAUCAAGACUUUCUAUACCUACUUGACUACAAACACAUUGAUCUGCGCCCACCCAAGGGUGGACCGGUGCAUGAAAAUAAGAUAGUGGGUUUUAAGAAUGAUUUGGAAACCAUAAAAGAUCGUUUAUUGGAGGGAUCCAAUAAUUUCAUUGUCAUCCCAAUUGUGGGGAUGGGUGGUACUGGCAAAACUACCCUUGCUUUAAUGCUUUUUAAAGACCCGGAAAUUAAACAAAAGUUCACCGAUUGCCGCAUAUGGGUUCAUGUUUCACAGUGCUUUAAUAGAAGGCAAGAAUUCAUCAACAUUCUAUCUCAAAUUACCAAGCAUACAGAAGACUUUAGCAUGGAUUCAGAAGAUGAAUUGGGAGAUAAAAUAAAGAAUUUAUUGAAGGCUAAAAGAUACUUCAUUGUAUUGGAUGAUCUAUGGGGAAAAGAAGUUUGGGAUUCUUUGAAAGUUGCAUUUCCAGAAAAUUUGAAUGGAAGUAGAGUCCUGAUGACUACCCGAACUCAUAUCUUUCUAGAAAAUCCUACCUGGAAAUCUCACGAGUUACGAUUGUUAGGCGACGAUGAUGGUUGGUUGAUAAUAGAAAAUCAUGUUUUUGGUGGAAUGGGCUGCAGCGACUCGUCAUUAGAAGCUGUCGGGAAAAGAAUAGCAAAACAAUGCCAAGGACUACCGCUUGCUAUAGUACUGGUUGCUGGUGUCCUACGAACGUGUACAACUAUUGAUGACUGGCAACGAAUUGCUGAUUCAGGAAUUCCUCAAGAACACCAGAGUUUCCACGAGCUAAUAAAGUUGGGAUAUAAAUAUUUGCCUCAUGAGAUGUUGAAAAAUUGCUUCCUAUAUUUUGCAUAUUUUCCCCAAGGACAUGAUAUUGAUGUUUGGAAGUUAAUCCGUUUAUGGAUUGCCGAAGAAUUCAUUCCAACUGUAGAUGAGUUUGGAUACCAUUUAGACGUAGAAGUUGAAGCUCAAAAAUAUUUGAAUGAUCUUGUUGAUAGAAAUCUUGUGAUUGUGAGGAAAAGAAGAGCAGAUGGUCAAAUAAAAAUGUGUCGCAUCCACGAUGCAAUUCAUGAUUUCUGCAAAAUUGAAGCUACAAGGAAAAAUUUAUUUAAGGUAAUAGAUGAUGAGGUGCAAAAGUUAGAUGAUGAGAAUACUUCUUCUUCUUCUUCAACUCGUGGUCGUCUUUGUUUCCAUUCCUCUACUAUGGACAUAUUAUUAGCUGCAGAAAAGAAUCCAUCUCAUUUCUACCUCAGUUGCUACAACAAAAGGAGGAGUAGGAGGAGUCCUUUUGGUAAACACGUCCAUUCUUUGUCGGCAUUUUCCUCAGAAUGGGAUGAGAUUAUUGAUGUGACACAAGAGCAGUUAGCAACUAUCUCAAACACUUUUACACUUCUUAAGGUGUUAAAUAUUGAGCAACAACUCAUUAGGUCUAGCUUGCUACCGAAUGAUAUUUAUGGCUUGUAUCUUCUCAGGUAUCUUGCUAUCACAGCCAAUAAUCUCAAUUUCCUGCCUAAAUCAUUCAAACAUCUUGGUGAAUUGGAGACUCUGGUAAUCAAUACCACAGAACCGAGGCUACAAAUUGAUGGAGGCAUAUGGAACAUGGAAAAGCUAAGGCAUGUCCACACCAACACUCCUAUGCAAUUACCGUCCCCUCACAAAAAUAGCUCCGGAGGAACAAGCAUCCGCACACUUUGUAUAAUAUCACCAGCAAGUUGCACAAAAAAGAUCUUUCGGAAGAUCCCAAAUCUCCAAAAAUUGGGUGUACGUGGAAAUUUAUCAGAGCUAGGGCUUCUGCAGCAACAAGGUCAUCAAGAAGUUUGCUUGUUCAACAAUCUUCUUCAAAUGCUAAACUGCCUAGAGAACUUAAAGCUUCAUGCAAACUCUGAGAAAGUGGCGUUAAAGGUCCCAAUGUUGGAUAAGUUUGCAAGUAAGCUAAGAAAGUUAACCCUGUGUGGUACAUUGUUUCAAUGGAAUGACAUGACUGUAUUGGGAUCACUGAAGACGCUUGAGGUGCUCAAAUUGGAUGACAAUGCCUUCUCUGGAGAACUCUGGGAUCUAAGCCCUGAUGUUACUUUCAAACGACUUAAGUAUUUACGCGUCGGAAGGACAAACCUAGUAACAUGGGCAUCUAAGAAUGAAAGCUUUCCAGUGUUAGAACGUUUAGUACUUAGAAGCUGCAUUUCCCUACAAAAUAUUCCAUCUGCUUUUGCUUACGUACCCAAUCUUAAAGUGAUGGAAUUGUUUCGCGUGCAUGAAAGAGUAGCUAAUUCUGCAAAAGAGAUUCAUCAUGAAAUACUCGCCGACGGUAGAGUAGUUAACCUCUUCAUCACCCCUCUUCCGCCACAAGCAACAGAAGUACAUGAGCAAGCAUAUGGGGAGCAAAAUGUGAACACUAUUGGAUCCGACAUUCCCAGCACCUCUAAUCCCAAACAAGAAAUAGUACGUGUGUGACUUUUAAUGGUUUGGGCAGUGAUGAUGUGAAUUUCUUUCUGAAAUAAAA